AUGGCUUUCACACUCGACGAAAAUUUGUUGAGCCAGCUCGAAGCUGCUUGGAAUGGCGGAGAUAAACCGCUCGACGCACUCGCCAAUAUUCUCGAAAGAAUCGGUGAUGGCGUCAGAGAUCCCAGCUUAAGAGAUCCUCUUAGAGAAUCCGGCAUUCUAGACUUCAUCUUGAAAGUCUUACCAACAGAAGAGUUGGAUCUGAGCUUGAAGCGUCAAUGUCUGCGUGUGCUUGGUAAUGGAUGUGCCGACUGCGAUGUGAACAGAGCCAAGCUGGUUGAGUCUGGUGCUCUUCGUACCGUCAUCCGUUUUCUGAACGACAGGCCCCUUCUUCCCCUGCUGUUGCCUGUGUUAUACAACGUCAUUGUUGAUUAUGAGCCGGCACAACUUCAGGUCUGUGAAGCAGGGCUAAGCAAAGCCCUCGUAGCUCUCUUGCAAGAAGGUUCCCUUCAACCAGGUGGAGAUAAUGACCAAGCUCUCAACCUCAUUAACAACAUUUUCGAGUUACUCGUUAGCCAAAAACCCGAACCCGAACUCGCCAACCCCUCCACCCCAGCCGUCUUCCUCACCCUCGCCGGCGGUUCUUCAUCUGGCCUCCCCUCCCUCGAGCUCUUCAACGGCUUCUGCACCGUCGCCCUCGCCUACCUAACCUACGAAUCCCUGCAACCAGCCUUCCUCUCCUCGGCCUCCAACAUCCAGCACCUCCAACAAGCCUUCUACAACGCCUGCUUCUCGUACGAGAACCUGCCUGACGCAGACCUCGAUGACCUCGACCAGCUCAAAACCGUCUGCACGACCUUCGUCACUUUACUCGCCGACCUCUCCGCCCAUCCUUCCUUCUCGGAACUCUACCCCCUAUCAUCAGGCCCCAACGCCAGCCCCGUAUCCAAGAAAUUCCUCCUCUGGCUAUCCUCCGAAAAAUUCGCCAACCAGCACCUCCGCACCGCCGCCUGCCUGUGUCUCGGCAACUUAUCCCGCUCCGACAAAGCCAGCACUUCCCUCGUCGCGGACCCUUCCGUCCACGUGCACACGCACCUGGCUUCGCUCCUGGCGCAAGCGCUCGACCCUGACCAGAAAUCCGUGCCUGCCACCCCGCAGCUCUUGCACGCUCUCUUGUCGUUCGCGAAGAACCUGGCCAUCCCGCAACCCAACAAGACGCCGCUAGGCGAAGCGUUCCUGCCGGAUCUGCUGGCGGGUGCGUGGGUAAAGACGGGCGUGCAGCCGCAGGUGCAGUUCGCUGCUGUUUCGCUUGCGAGGCUACUUCUCGUAAACUCGCCAGGCAAUGUGGCUAAGCUGUGUAAGCCGCUGGCGGAGGGGUUUAAGCACACGGAGAAGGAGGGAGAGGUGAAGAGUUAUUUUCACUUAUUGAUGACGCUUGGGGCACGGUCGGAUCUGGAGCCGACCAAGAUUGAGACGGCUAGAGGGGCAAUGAGUGUUGUUAGGGCUUUGCAGGCUGUUCCUCAGGAGGGAGAGGACAAGGUUGAGGUUGUGGAUGAGAAGGAUUGGACUCGGGAAGCAUUCUAUGAGGUGCAUGGCUCGUUGAUCGCGAAGCACUUGACGCAUUUGCUUGCGCAGGGGAAGUAUCCGGCUUUGAGGUCAGAGGUUCUUUUCGUGCUGGCGUUGCUUGCGCGGUCGACGGAUGGAGGGGCGAGUGUGGUGAUGAGGGUGUUGAAUGAGGGGACGGAGACGGUCAAGAAGUUGGCGGUUGCGAUUACGGGGAGCGAGGAUGUUGCUGCUGGGUUGGAGGGCGAGUGUGGUGAUAGUGGGAGGAUCGAGGAGGUUAAGGAUGAGAAGGAGGAGGAGGAGGAUAAGCCGGCUGAAGUGACGUCGAUCAUGGAAGGGCUGAACCUCAACCCUCAACAGGCGGAGACUAAGCCAUCGGCUGCUGCUGCGGCGAAGGAUCGGGAGAACGGGCUGGUGUUGGUUGCGGAGAUUCUGAGGGCUCACUCGAGCGAGCUGAAGGGGCCGAGAAAAGAGGUGUUUGAGGAGAUCCUGAAGAAAGGAACGGAGUUGUUGCAGAAUGAUAGGAAGGGAAACUAG